UGUCAAAGCAUAUCAUUCUGCAAAUUCGCCGAGUAAAUACAGGGUUUUAUUUUCACUAGAAGGCAUGCUUCAAAGGUUGUUACGAUUAUUAACCAAAUCGAACUGGUGUUUAAUCUGUGGUGUCUAUUUUCCAAAUAAAUUGACUUUACGAAAUCACAUUCUCAACGUUCACAGCAUGGGUAUAUUUUGCUGUAAAAUCUAUGGAUGCAAAAGAUGUUGCUGCACCAUGGGCGAUCUUCGAAUGCAUUAUUUGAUAAAACAUCCAGAAGUAAAGCCCAACGCAUUACCGUACCAUAGGUUCUCAUUACCGACUGUUAUCAACCUUGAUAAAGAUAAAAAAGUCAAGUCACCAUACUCAACGUCAACAUCGGAGCCAAAGCCAUCGACAUCAAAAUGUAAUGCAUCAACAUCAGUUCCUCGGAUAAAUUCACAAAUCACAUCGAGGCUACCUCCCAAAAAGAGACGCAUCUAUUCGAUGACGAACUUCACGGAGACAAACACAGUAUCACAACCAUCACCAUCAACAUCAGCAUCACUAACACCACCACCAACACCGCCACCGCUUCCGCCACCGCUUCCGCCACCGCUUCCGCCACCACCUUCUUCUCCUCAAAGUACAGCCGUCCUUAAAUCGAUGAAAGAGCUGAAAGGAAAAGAUCCCAAAUGCAAUUCAUGCUCGCUCUCGUUCGCGACCGAUAUCGGUAUAAAAAUGCAUUAUCGAUAUCAUCAUUAUUUAUCAUAUUCUCGACACCUUCAGAAGAUGAGUGACAUUAGAAGACCAGACGAAUUGGAAUAUAUUUUGGAAAUGUGCAAUAGCGUUACACCUAAUAAUCCAAGUGGAUCAACCCCAGAGAAUGUGCCAUCUACAUCACGUAACGACAAUGCAAUACAGCAGCUACAACAACCUCCAAUGAAUGUGACUGAAACAUUACAACCACAACCACAAACAUCCGGUGAAAGUUCUAAGAAUUUAUCGAAACAAGAAGUAGACAAAGAUGACCAGAAUCAGCAAGAAAAAAAGUAGAAUUUCCAUUCUUUUAUUAUAAAUUCACGAACGAAUCUAUAUUCAAAUCAGACAGUUCAAGUUCAACGCAUAUGAUUCAAGACAAAUGCUACAUAGGGUACACUUUUCAUAAUUUUUCGAGCGCAUUCAAUUUCACAUAAAAAAUUGUACAAAUUUCAUAAUGUUUUAAAUUAAGUUGAUAAAGCUCUUACAUUCUCAUAGCAUAAAACAAGACAUAAUCUCUGAAGUAUUAAAAAAAUGAAAGAACAACUAAAAUUCGCAUAUAUUUGACAUAAGUAUAAAAAUAUAUCAACUCAUACCAACAUACAUAUAAUUUGUCGAUGAAAGAGAAAAUAUUCAACCACCCUAGGAUGACGGGAAAGUACUCGCACAAAACAUUGUUCAAAGUCAUCAAAAAGGCAAAUAAUGUACAUAAGAAAGAUUAUAAUCGAAAGACUUUGUUUCAAGAGACUUCAAAAAUCCAUUGCAUAAAUAUAAGUUUGAAAUGAAGUGGUUUUACAUAUUUUA